UAAUAAAUCAAUUUUACUAGUGUGUUGGAAUUAAGUAUCUAAGCUGCAUUAAAACGCUGCUUGGAGUAAUAUAAGGGAUUUAACCUUCGUGGCAUUAAAAUUUAAAUGAUUUAACAGCUUACGUAAAUAAUAUAAUUAUUAGGUUUUGUGAUAUAAAAGGAUAUGAAUUUGUUGGACGCAUUGUGUUAUGUGCAUUUUACUGUCGUUUAGAAUUUGCUGAAGAGAGAUUUGAUCAUAUCAAGAAAAUAUUGAUUUUAGUUAGAUUUGGUAACUGUUAUGGCAUUUAGUAUGUGUGGUAAUGAUAACGAUGAUGAUUUUCCGGCAAGAGAGAUGAAGGAAGUGAUCAUGAACCAGUUGACUAAAAAUAUAGCAAUGGAGGUUGGGGAUAAGUAUACUAACUAUGUUUGCAAACGGAGACCUGAGAAACAUAAGACAGAUAAUCACAGAACUGGACCAGCACCUAUUGAAGAAUCUGACGCCAUCCGAAAAUCAAUUGCCAAAGCCACGUAUGGAACUUUAGAUUCUGAUCUAGAGGAUUUAGACUUCGAAGAUGUUCGAACCAAGAACUCAAAACAUUCUAGUUACACAAAGUUUCGAGUGACAACGAAUGAUCGAGGCGAUAGUCUGGCUAGUUGUAGAGCGCUGGUUGUUUAUUUUUCAAAGCUGGCUAAAACAAAAGACGACGAGGAAAUGAUCGAUUUGAAUUUUGUUGAUUCGUUGCUGGAGAAUGGUGCUGACAUUAACUUCUCAGAUAAGCAUGGUCAAACUGUCCUACAUGAAAUAUCGCGUGGCUGGCAUCCAGACAUCGCUAAAUUCGCAUUACAACAUGGAGCGAAUAUCAAUAAAGCAGAUGGUUAUGGGAGAACACCACUACAUCUGGCUGCUGCUGUAGACUAUGAUGAUAUGGUUAAAUUUCUGGUUGAAAACGGAGCUAAUUUAAGCGCUACAACUGUGGGUGAACUGCAAACACCAAUGCAUUACGCUGCGAAGAACAAUGCAACAUCAUCUUUGAAAGUAAUGUUAAGGCUUGGUGCACGCAUUAACGAAAGAGAUUACAAAGGGCGAUCACCUUUGUUUGUGGCUGCAGAAACAGCUCGGCCGGAAGCAGCCAGGUUCCUAAUAGAGCAAGGUGCACCAGCGGGGGUCUAUGACAGCAGCGGCACACCCUGUCUUUCGCUGAUGAUUGAGAAGAUACCGCAAAUUGCCAUCGAAGCUGUUGAACAAUUUCAUCUGUUAGAUAGAGCAUUCCGAAAGCAUUAUUACUAUCUCAGUUACCUGGAACCUGAUCCCAACUACUUGAUUGAUUACAUUCCUGAGAAUAAAAGAGAAUUGAGGGAAGUGAAAGAAAGGAAAAAACUUGAGAAGAAAUUAUUAACAGCUCGAGGUGAGCGAAUCAUGAAGAAGGAGAAGACGUAUGCAAAGACACCAUUAGAGGUGAUAGUGCAGUACAAUCAAUUGGACAUUAUCAUGCAUCCAGUUUUCCAAAGGCUGCUGCAUGUCAAAUGGAACUUAUUUGGAAAGUUCGGCUCAGCAAAACUUCUUGCAAUUAACUUGUUUUACACACUGCUUUGGACAAUGCUUGGUAUUAUGUUGCCACGUGAUCGCAGAUAUUACACACCCUUGGCUGCCAAUUGGUGGAGAGUUGUUCUGGAACUGAUUGGUGUAUUAAUGACAUUGUACUUUAUAUUUAUGGUAUGCUUGACUACUAGCCUGGUCUAUCUUAUUAAAUGUGUCUUCAUUUUAGUGCGUCUAAAUAUCUCCUUUUUAGCCCCUAUAAAAUUAAUUUAUAAACAAGAACGAAUUCAAUAUCGCAUAAAUAAAUUUCUUUUUGUUCCUCUUAGGAGAACGACUAGUGUUGAUAACAACAUCGAUAGUUUUUGCUGCUAUCCCUUUUUUAAACCAACUAAAAAUUUGAAGGAUGGUGAGAUAAGAUAUUUAUUAGAGGUGCACCAAUUACGUCUGACAGAGAAAUCGCACAACCGCUGGCGUCAAUGGCGCACAAGACACAUGGAAAAAGAUUUAAACUAUUGCCAUCCGCGGUGGUCGGAGGAAAAACAGUUUCUGACAUCUGAAUUGGAACAAAUAAGGACUUAUCAACGUACUUAUUUUCGAGAACCUUGGAAUAUAUUUGAAUGGGUUGCUUAUGUAGUAGUUCUGACGCUUGUGUUGACGAGGAUGAUGUCUAGCAUGUCGGGGAAUGAAACUGCUGCUGAAAUUCAUCCCAGAGUCUAUGCGUUGGGUUUAAUUGUGAUAUGGUUACGCUUUAUGCGGAGUUGUCGAAUGUUCAGAACGCUGGGUCCAUUUAUUGCUAUUUUAGGCUCAGUCAUCGCCGAUACAAUGAAGUUUGCAUUCCUGUUCUUUGAAUUCUUUGUGCCAUACACUGUUGCUUUCUGGAUACUGUUUGGUGGUCACAAAAAUGGCCACGUAAUGGGAGAAGAGAGUGCUGCAAAUUGGGAAAGUCUGAAUGAUUUAACAUUUUCUGUUUGGACGAUGACAGUUCUGGGACCAUUUGAUUGGAAUGGGUUAGUAAAGGCUGAUCGAUUUAUGGCUCAGUUAUUAUGUGGGACGUAUUUUUCAUUAGUAUGUGUUGUCUGCAUGAACCUUUACAUUGCUUUGUUGUCAGACACCUUCGCAAGAGUGUAUGCUCAAGCUAAGGCCAAUGCAGUAAUGCAGCAAGCCAAAUCUGUCAUCACUUUAGAAGCACAACUGGGAAGAUUUAAACGAUCGAAAUAUGGUCAUUACAUGCAAAGAGAAUGUUCACCUCAGGAAGUAUACACAAUGAACGAAAAAGAUGGCGAUGAUGGUGCGCAGGACAUGUUUAAUCGAGUUUCCAGACAAAUUGUUAACCGGGUCAUUGAAAUGGAGGAAAAGCUGCUGUAUUAUCUCAAGUUAUCAGAUAGCGAUCGCAUUCCACAAACAGGUUGUGUGUCACCAAAUCUUGUUAGUUCUAAUUAUAAAGAUGGCCGUGGAAAUGGAGGUAAUGGUGGUAAUGGUGGUAGACAUUCAGGAGGGAAUGCAGGAUACCCUGCUUGCAUUAAAAAUAAUGCCUUAUUUGAAAAUUAUAUUCAGAAACAAAAUCUCCAAAAUUCUGUUAUGCAGGAGGAGUUACGAGGUCUAAAACAUAUGAUGAAUGACAUAAAAACAAUGUUGUCUAUGCAACAAGAUGUACCAGAUUCAAUUCAAUUUCAAAACAGCACAUUACCACAUGGUUCAUCAGCUUCUAAAAAACUUUAUAUUCCUCGACAUAAUAGUCUUCGCAGUAUGGUUUCCAGUCACAGCUUCUCUGGUAGCGAAGGAAAUAGAUUUUCAAACACAAUAAAAGGAAGAGCAGGUUCAAUGCCUGAAGCAAUAGCACAUCAAGUAUAUACAGAAACUGAUUCACUGCAGCAAAAACGUUUUGAUCAAGAACAGGAUAACUUACAGAUCCAUCUAAGCCAAAACUACCAGCAACAACAAUACUUAAGGCCGCACCAAGACGAGCAGGAACAAUACAAUCAACUAAUUCAGCUGCAGUUACUUCAACAACGUCUAAAAGAGGCAGAAGAACAAAAGCAACAGUUACGACAGCAGAAUUACUUACAACAACAACAGGACCAGCAGCAGCAACAACAGGACCAGCAACAACAGCAGCAGCAACAACCACAACCGCAGCAACAGCAACAGCAACAACCACUAUCACAGAUGCAUCCUAUUAUACAAGAACAAAACAGCCACCAGUAUAUGACGCCACCCAACAUGGCAAAUGUAAGAAAAUUACAUCAUUCAAAUUCUGAUUCCAAUGUUACUAACAUAUACCCUAGUUUGUAUCAAUACACUCCUGGUACUAAUUCUGAGGGUGACUUUGAGACAAGCACGCUUGGCAGAGAGGUUUCAAAAUCAAAACGAAGACGACGAAAGAAAAAAAGCCUAGCUAAAGAUUUAUAUCUUAAUUCAAUUGGAAACAAUUUGGUAAAGGAAUCAAUACUUCUAUCUGAUAACUCAGCAGAUGUAGGAUUAACCUUACCGCUAUUACAAGCGCAAAUAGACCAAAUGAAUGAAGCAAAUGUGUAAACAUAAUUGACAAGUUAGUUUUUAUAUUUCCAGCUCUGUGAAACUGCAGAAUCGAAAGUGUAGAUAGAAUAAAUGCAAAACAAACAAUCAAGAUACAUCAACCGAUGUACGUAUCGGAACAUACGUAAGGCGAUCCAUUUUUAUACAUAAUUCGUUAAAAAACAACAAAAAAUUGUAUUUUUAUUUAAAAUUAUUAUAUUUUUACUAGUUCAUAUAUUCAAUUUUCAAUUUUUUUGUGAGUGUUAACACAUUACUAGAAGAGAAGAAUAAAAUGAUUUCCAUGUUUGAAACUUAUAGCGUCUGCGCAAAUUUUUAAACGAGUGGCUUUACUACCGAAUGUUAGUACCAAAUUCCUGCCCAAAAGAAAAAUAGACGAUUUUAUAUUUAGUCGCGAAAUUUUUUUCAAGUUUACACUUUUUUCCGAGCAGUAAAUAUUAUAUGACUAACUUUUGUACUUUUUAAUAAUUACUUUAAAUUAAAUGUAUAUUCCAUAUCCUUCAUAGGUGCCUUUUUAUGCUUUCCAAGCGUCUCUAGUUUAAAUGUCAUGGACAUAAGAUAUGGAUAUAGACAUAAUAGUAAACGUUGUACCUUUACAGGUUGUGGGUCGAUAGAAAAUCUGAUCUGAUAUGUAAGGUUGUGCCUUAUUUUAUUUUAAGGAAUGUACUUUUGGAAAUGAAAAUAUAGUCUAAAUAAGUUUAUGUGUAUCUGUG